GAUUCACAAGUUAGAGGCCCUGGCUGGACUUGUAUGAAUAAAAAGUCUAGCCCUGUUAAUUCUGCAGCCAACUGAAAGAUCACCCUACUGGUCACCAGAUGUGAGGUUUCUGUUAACUCAUCAGUUGCACUGCAGGGAGAUGGUACAGCUGGCCUGUGCCCGGAGCACUAGUCUCCUGUGGCCAAUGCAGUGAGCCACCACAGACUUGGUGGCUUAAACGACAGGACUUAAAAAUGUAGCUCUGGAGACCACAAGUUUAGCACAAGUCGCACUGAGCUUUAUGCCUUCCAGAGGCUCCAGGAGAGAGUUGGUUCCUCCUUUUCCAGCUUCCAGAAGCACUGCAUCCCUGCCCCUUCCUCCAUCCUCAGUCAUCAGCAUGGCAUCUCCCAUCUUUCUCUGCCUCUGACCCUCCCGCCUCCCUCUUAUGAAGACCCUGUAACAACACUGGGUCUCCCGGGGAAUCCAAGAUCACUACCAAAUCAGGGGCCUUAACCCCAUCUGCACUGUCUCCCUUGCCACGUGAGGUGGCUCAUCCAGGCACCCUGGGGUUGGGAUGGGGAUGUCUCUGGAGGGUUGUAUUCACUCCUGGGCCUCAUCUCUGGGAACCUACCCCAACAGAGACAUGAUAGCACCAGUUUAAAUCAGGGGGCCCUGAGGCCAGCACUAGCCAGCAAAGGACAGUGUAAGAUGAGAGAAAGGUGCCUGGAGGUUGGGUCUGAGCCUGAAAGUGUGGAAAAUGGGCAACGGGCCUGGCUGACGAGGAUGUGGAGGAGAAACUCAGUAUUUUUCUCCAGAAAGCCCUCCUCAGGUUUCUCCCCUGGUCUGGUAAACCCCCAGGGCCCUCGCAAUGGACUUCCAACAUCGCCCCGGCGGCAAGACCGGGAGCGGGGGUGUGGCCUCCUCCUCUGAGAGCAACCGGGAUCGCAGGGAGCGCCUGCGGCAGCUGGCCCUGGAAACCAUCGACAUCAACAAGGACCCUUACUUCAUGAAGAACCACCUGGGCUCCUACGAGUGCAAGCUGUGCCUGACACUGCACAACAAUGAGGGGAGCUACCUUGCGCACACCCAAGGGAAGAAGCAUCAGACCAACCUGGCCCGGCGAGCAGCCAAGGAGGCCAAGGAGGCCCCCGCCCAGCCGGCGCCAGAGAAGGUCAAGGUGGAGGUGAAGAAGUUUGUGAAGAUUGGCCGUCCAGGCUACAAAGUGACCAAGCAGAGGGACACAGAGAUGGGCCAGCAGAGCCUCCUGUUCCAGAUUGAUUACCCUGAGGUCGCUGAGGGCAUCACACCCCGCCACCGCUUCAUGUCAGCCUACGAGCAGCGGAUUGAGCCCCCAGACCGGCGCUGGCAGUACUUGCUCAUGGCCGCUGAGCCCUAUGAGACCAUUGCCUUCAAGGUGCCCAGCAGGGAGAUCGACAAGGCUGAAGGCAAGUUUUGGACUCACUGGAACCGGGAAACCAAGCAGUUUUUCCUCCAGUUCCACUUUAAGAUGGAGAAGCCACCAGCCCCACCGAGCCUCCCUGCCGGGCCUCCCGGGGUGAAGCGGCCCCCACCCCCGCUGAUGAAUGGUUUGCCUCCUAGGCCUCCACUGCCAGAGUCUUUGCCCCCACCUCCACCUGGAGGCCUGCCUCUGCCACCUAUGCCGCCCAGUGGGCCUGCACCCUCGGGGCCCCCCGGCCCUCCUCAGCUACCCCCACCAGCUCCUGGUGUCCACCCCCCAGCCCCAGUGGUCCAUCCUCCAGCAUCUGGAGUGCACCCUCCUGCUCCUGGGGUGCAUCCCCCAGCUCCUGGGGUCCACCCCCCAGCACCAGUGGUCCACCCCCCAACAUCUGGGGUCCAUCCCCCUGCUCCUGGGGUCCACCCUCCAGCCCCAGGAGUCCAUCCUCCCCCAUCUGCUGGGGUUCACCCCCAGGCCCCAGGAGUGCACCCACCAGCUCCAGCAGUUCACCCCCAGGCCCCAGGGGUGCACCCACCGGCUCCAGCAGUUCACCCCCAGGCCCCAGGAGUCCAUCCACCAGCUCCUGGGGUCCAUCCACCAGCCCCAGGGAUCCACCCCCAGCCUCCUGGGGUUCACCCUCCACCUCCUGGGGUCCAUCCUCCAGCUCCUGGAGUCCACCCCCAGCCUCCUGGAGUUCACCCCUCAAAUCCCGGGGUGCAUCCCCCAACUCCCAUGCCUCCGAUGUUGAGGCCCCCACUGCCCUCCGAAGGCCCUGGGAACAUGCCUCCCCCUCCCCCCACCAACUGAAAAGCCACCCCUGUGCCGGCAAGUAUGCUUUUGUUUUCCUGUGUUCCACCCUUGGAAUAAAAUGGGGUGUUUUUAUACAGGGCUGGGCCAUGUGCCCAGAGCCUAUUAAAAAGCCUCUGCUAAA